CACUCACUCACUCUUUCUCUCACUCACUCACUCGCUCUAUUGAAACUUAUUUAUCUAUUUAUUGAUUAAGUUAAGUUGAUCCACCUCCUCUUCUCCACAUUCCCACAUCCACUCCUUUAUCCACUUACUCAUCCACAUAUUUCCACCUUUCUAUACAUUCCACAUCACUCCACAAGCAUUCCACUCAUCUCACCACACCCAAACUCCACUCUUCCAUAUUAUUCCACCUUCCUGAACCAUCCACACUCACUCCACAUAUACACACACACUCAUAACUCAUUCCACUCUUUCCAUAAACCACAUUGAAAUACUACAUUCCACAUUCACUCCACAUCCACAUCCACUUUUAAACUUCUGGAACCUUCAAAAUAGGCACUCCACUGAAGUCCACCAAGGGAAGAAUAACAAGAUAAUUCCACUUCCUGCUCCACCUCCUCCACAAUGUCCCGGCUGGCCAGUAUCCGCCUCACCUCCACAGAGAGUGACUCCACCUCCCUAAGUGGAUGUCCUUACUCCUCCACCUCGCAGGAGUAUGUGGACUCUGAUAUCACCAUGUCUCCACUCAGUCCUAAAAGUCCCAUGUCAUCCAGAGGCUCCAGACCAGCUUCUCCACUUGCCAGUCCCGUAAGAGGCCGCGGCGGUAACCUGGCGUACCUAGCGUCGAGGAGGUCAUCGAGGGACAGCGAGGCCGGGGAUGUGGCGCCCCUCAACUGUGCCAGAUACAAACACAGGAGGCCGUCAAACUUCCUGGAGCUUCCUACCCCAGACCACUUCAGGCCCCGCGUCAGCUCCCUCCCUGAGAAACCAUACAACCCAAGGGAUGCCGAGGAGAUCUACCGCCUCCGCUCGUUUUCUAUCACCUCCAAAGGCAUUAUUAACAGGGGAGACUCGAUCAUUUCCAAAAGGUCCCGCUCAAAUACCUCUGUCUGUUCCACCACCUCCAGAAAUAGUAAUGUAGAGUGGGGGCGUUCACCCUUCGAAGGAUCCUGCUGCGGCUCAUCCUACGUGUCCUCAGAGUCAUCCUUAGAAGUGGCUAAGUAUAGGGUGGUGCUUCUGGGGGAGUCAGGCGUGGGCAAGUCGUCCCUCGUCAACCAGUUUAUGACUUCAGAGUACAUCAACACCUACGACGCCUCCUUGGAUGACGAGUUUGGCGAGAAGAGCGUGUCAGUUUUGCUGGACGGGGAAGAGAGUGAAGUCAUCUUUAUUGACCACCCUGCCCACGAGAUGUCUGUCGAGAACUGCCUAUCCACCUACGACCCGCACGCCUGCAUCAUAGUCUACUCCAUCACGGAUAAGGGAUCGUUCAAGAAAGCCGAGGACAUCAUCACCUACCUGUGGCGGGAGAUCUACACGAAGGAGAAGGCUGUCAUCCUGGUGGGAAACAAGGUGGAUCUGGCCCGCUCUAGACUGGUUAACACGACAGAGGGUAAGUCACUAGCAAGGAACCACGACUGCAAGUUCAUAGAGACAUCAAGUGGCAUACAGCAUAACGUGGACGAGCUGCUGGUGGGCGUGGUGAAGCAGGUGCGGCUGAGGCUGGCGGCGCAGAGGAAGAGGCUUAAAAGAGUGUCCACCUCCAAGACCUCCCUAAGUCUUCACGCUGCCAAGGAUCUACUGAACAAAAUGUGUCUAAUGGAUAACAAGUCGAAAUCCUGUGAAAACUUGCAUGUACUCUAG